AAUAAAAGGCGGCUGCUUUGACACCAAAACCAGAGAGAGUUUCUCUUUCUCUCUCUCAUUUUCUUAUGUGCUAAUUGAUUCCAGCUAAAAGAGAUCGCAUCGAAAAAAAGAAACCAAAAAAUUUCCCUACGAAACAAUAAAAUUCGAGGAGAUCCUUGAGUUUAAAUCGCUUUAAUAUUCUUCUCGGAAAUUGAACCAUUCUAAAAUUUUGAUUAGGUGUUUGAAUUUGUGAUCGAGUUUUUUGUUUUUAUUUUUUAUGGAAAUUAGGGUAGAAGAGCCCCUUUCCUCAUGGUGGGUUUUAGGGAGUUGUUCAAAAUGGUAGGGAAAAAGACUCGUGGGAUUCGAAUAAUAGAAAACUACGUUUGAGAAUUUGAUAAUUCAGGUCAGAUUAACUACGUUUGAGAAUUUGAUAAUUCAGGUCAGAUUUACUCUCCUUUUUUCUUAAAAAAAAUGUUUUCUCUCUUUUUUGAAUGAUUUCGUUAGGGUGUAACGAUACGAGGAAGGGGCUAGGAUUAGGUUUUGGUGCAAGAGAAAUGGAAGAGACUGAGCUUGAAGAAGGAGAGGCCUGUUCAAAUAAUGACAAUGACGAUGCUUAUGAUGACACAUUCGGCCCCAAGAAUGAUCUAUCUUCUCUCUCUUACAUUGAUGAGAAAAUUCAACAUAUUCUUGGACAUUUUCAAAAGGAUUUUGAAGGUGGAGUAUCUGCAGAAAACCUGGGGGCAAAAUUUGGUGGGUAUGGAUCAUUCUUACCUACUUAUCAACGUUCUCCUGGCCGGUCUCAUCCGACGAGUUCACCGAAAGUUCAGAAUUGCAAUGCACCUAGAUUUCCUAACACGAUACAAUUGGAGGAUGGUCGUCAUCCUACAAAUUUUGGAACCUUCCAUGCUUUAAAGGCAUCAUAUGCGAAUGAUUCAAUUAAGCAAGAGGUCAGCUUAACAUCUCCUCAUGCUCAUGAGCUUGCCACCAGGUGUGAAUAUGCGGACAAGAAAGUUUCCAAUCUGCCAGACCAGAAAACAUUGAAGCUACGAAUCAAAAUGGGUUCAGACAACUUUUUGACACAAAAAAAUGCUGCAAUCUACAGUGGUCUUGGCCUUGAUGUCUCACCAUCUUCCUCCUUAGAUGAGAGCCCUUCUGAAAGUGAAGGGAUGUAUGGGGGCACUCAAGAGCCCUUAUUUGAAUCUCCAACCAGUAUUCUUCAGUUGAUGACUUCCUUCCCGGUACCUGGGGAAGCACUAUUGUCUCCUCUCUCUGAUCAUCUACUUAACUUGAUUGUGAAGGAAAAAAUCUUAAAAGAGAAUAUAUCGAAUUCUGGAAAGGGUGAUGAAAUAUUAUUAGGAGAUGAGAAAGCAAAUUCAGACUCAGUGGAGAAAAAGGAUUUUCUGGUGGAAAGGAACGGUGGCAGUAAAAGGGAAAUAAAGAAUGGCAAUGGUAUCAUGUCAAAGAAGGAAGUAGAUAUUGACGCAUUGCCUUGUGAGGAUCUUGUUUCAAAAACAUUAGAGCUUCCUCUUUUAUCUAAUCCAUAUUCUGCUGUUGGCAAGGUAAAAGAUAAUAGUAUAGCAAGAAAUAAAGGUGUACAUCAUGUAGCUGUGGAGGAGUCACUGGAGCCUAUACUUACCCAAGAUAUUGGCUGGGAGAAUCCAAGGGUUAAUUCAGCUCAAAAGGUUCUGGAGGAACAAAAGACAAGUGUUCUAGAUGAUAAUUCAGGUUGCACGAGAAAAUAUGAGUAUAUUAAAGCAGAAAACACUUAUAAUUUUGUUAAAGCUGAGUCUAAUGUUCCAAAAGGUAGCAAAGCUCUAAAUAGUGAAGCGGUAGAUCCUCUUAGGAAGAAGAGCAACCUGAAAGCUACAUUGCAGGAACAAAACAAUCUGAAGUUGCCUUCUGCCAAGGAGCAAACCUUCUCUGGUGGAAAAAAUAAAUCAAAAAGCAGUCAUGGUCAAGGCAGUCUAGCUGCCGAGGUACCAAAAGAUAGCUUGAGGGUUGGUUCUUCUUUGAUGCUGAAAAAUAAGCAGACUGCUCAUGUGAACAAUAAUACAAACAAAAAGGACUUGGGAGACCAAAAAUUAGAAAGACCUUUUCAAAAGGCUGAAGAUAGGGAUAGAGAUUUUUUUGGAGAUGUUGGAGAAUCAGAACAUGAAGAGAACCUAACAAGUUCUUUAGAAAUUCGUUCUAAAGAUCGACUGAAGGAAGAUGAUAUGAUUGGAAAAAACACAUUAGCCAUUAAUAGUUCACAUAAUGGCAGACGAAGUGGUAAGAAAAGAGAGGAUUUACUGGCAAGCAAAUCAUUCGCUGGAGCAACAUUGGAUAUUGCUUCUAACUCUGGCUGUGUGAACACAGUUGGAGCUUCCCUUGGAACUGCGGCUCCUGUAUUGAUAAAUGAAAAUUGGGUUUCUUGUGACAAGUGCCUGAAGUGGCGCCUUCUUCCAAUAGGCUUAAAUCCUUCUGAUUUACCUGAGAAGUGGGUAUGCAGCAUGCUUAACUGGCUGCCUGCAAUGAACCACUGCAGUGUUGAUGAGGAGGAAACUACAAAAGCUGUUUUGACAUCGCAUCAAGUUCCUGCUGUAGUGAGUCAAACUAAUUUGCAAAAUAAUCUUGACAGUACUAUGUCCAGACUAAAAUCAGCUGAUACCUUACAGCCUGAACAAAGCCAACAAUGUUCUGGUUCACAUGCCAUGCCCCCUUCUGGAAGGAAGAAACAUGGUUUAAAAGAAAUAUCAAAUGCAAUGGACAAGGAUGGGCCAACUCCUAUGAAGAAGAACAUCCAGGCAUCAGUUCUAUCCGGGAGUUCAACUGAUAUAACUAAAUCUCUCGUGGUAAGUGGAUCAAGUUUAUGUGAUCCUAGAAAAUGCGGCGUGCCUGUCAAGAAACACAAAAGUAAGCAGAAAAAGAAGCAUAAAGUGUCAGAACAUGGAUCUGGUGGAGGUGAUGCCAAAACUUCAAAGAUGAAAGGAAAAAGGAUCUCUGAUCAAGAUUCUUUGAGGGCGUCCAAGAAAAUUAAGUCUAAAAGUUUGCAUCUUGUUGAUGAAAAUUCAAUGUAUGAGCAUGCUGGUAAGGGGGAUCUUAGCACGAGUAAUGAUCUGCCAACCGCAUCUACAGGAAAGGAUCAACCUAAACCCAGUCAACUUUCUUCUUAUAAUGCUCCAAAGUUGGAUACGGAGGACAGACAACAGGUCUCUGGUAAAAGACCAAAGGACAAAGUUCAGGUUUCCUUGGCUGAUGGAUCAGUGGAUCUGGUAAAUUUUGAUGGUGGGGAAGUUUCAAGGAAGAGAAAAGCUGAUGAAUGUAUUAAUAAUCAAUUAUAUUCAGGUUCCUAUCAAAUUAUGGGGAACCACCUCCAGGAUGGAACGGUGUGUGCCAAAGAAGAGUUCAGCAAAAAUAAGUACAGGCAGGAAAAGAAGGUCAGGUUAUCUACGACUGGGGGGAAGGAUACCUCUUCAAGUAAAAACAAUGGUAAGCUGGAGAAAAAAAAAAUACAUUCAAAGAAUCACCAUAGUGGGCAAGAACUAGAUAGCACUCUGUCCCAACGUCGCUUAUGUGGUACAGAAGAUAAGAAUGGUGGUCAGUUAGGUGGCAGUAGAGCUAAGGCUUCGAUUGAAUCUUCUCCUAAUAUCAGAAAAGUGCAAUUUAUGAAUGGUAGUGUUGAUUAUUUAGGCCAAGAGGUUAAAUAUGACAUUGAAUUAACAACUGCUGAUGAACACCUUGAUGAAGAAAAUCAGAAUGACAAACAUGGUGAUGACAAUGUCUCUCAGCCAAGAAAGUCGGGCAAGGGGUCCUCAUGGUCAAAGGAUAGAAGUCAGAAAUUUAAAUCUGAUUAUGUGGAUGAAAUGCAAGGUCGUACGCCUUUAUGUAAGGUAAAACCUAAGAAUGGCAGAAAUAAUUUUCAGGAGAGGCUUGGAGUUAAGUCUAAUGGAAGUGAGAAUAGAUCUGUUGAUGAUAACAAAGAAUCUAUGGGAAAACUAUCCAGUGAGAGUAGUAAAAGAGAAAAUCAAAGAAAUGUUGGUCAGUCAGAUGCUAAACCUGAUGAAACUGGAGGUCAAGAUGUAAUGUGCACUGUGAAGAAGAGUAUCAUGCAGGAUGGCAAUGUUAAAAAAUAUAUGAAAAGAUUCCAUUCUGACAAAUCUGAUCGUGCGGAAAUUGCUUCUGGGAGAGGGAACUCACCAUCAUUACCACCCUCCGGAGGAACUCAAAAUGAGAUACUGACUCAUUGCCCCCACCCUAAUGGGUCCCAAAAGGGAAAUAGAGCUGAUGGAUCUCAAAGUGAUGAUGCUUUGAAGGUACAAAAACAAAUAAAGGAGGCUGAUCGUCAAAAUGGGGCUCAGCACUGUAGUUCAAGGCAUACUGGACAUAGGAUCAGGGGCAUUAAUGCCCCUAGUCCAAUGAGAAAGGAUUCCCCAAACCAGGCAGCUACCAAUGCUUUGAAGGAGGCUACAGAUUUAAAGCAUAUGGCUGACCGUGUCAAGAACUCUGGAUCAAUUGUGGAGAGCAUCGGACUUUACUUCCAGGCAGCAUUGAAGUUUCUUUAUAGUGCUUCUCUACUCGAAUCUUGCAAUAAUGAGGGUACUAAGCAUGGAGAGAUGAUUCAGUCUAUGCAAAUAUAUAGUAGCACUGCAAAACUCUUCGAGUUUUGUGCCCAUGAAUAUGAGAGAUUAAACAAAAUGGCUGCUGCUUCUUUGGCCUACAAGUGUACAGAGGUGGCAUAUAUGAGAGUCAUCUAUACUUCUCAUGCCAAUGCAAGUAGAGAUCGACAUGAGUUGCAGACAGCUUUACAAAUGGUUCCUCCUGGCGAGUCUCCUUCUUCUUCUGCCUCCGAUGUUGAUAAUUUAAACCACCCAACAACAGCAGACAAGGUUGCUUUUUCAAAAGGUGUUAGCCCUCCCCAGGUUGCUGCAAAUCAUGUUAUUUCUGCUCGAAACCGUCCUAUCUUUGUGCGGUUCCUCAAUUUUGCACAGGAUGUAAAUUAUGCCAUGGAAGCUUCGAGGAAAUCACGAAUUACUUUUGCACAUUCUAAAUCAAGUUUGUCAGGGGAUGAAAAGGGUGAGGUUAUAUAUUCUGUGAAAAAGGCUCUUGAUUUUAACUUCCAAGACAUAGAGGGGAUGCUACGUUUGGUACGCCUUGCAAUGGAAGCCGUUAUCCACUAAGAAAGAGAAAGUGGUUAAUGAGCAUGAUUUAUACUAGGAAGGAAUUUUCCUUUUUAUGGUUUAUCCUUGGUGACGAAGUCCUUGAGGAGAAAAGAAAUGGAAUGGUCAGUUUCUGCUGCAAUGCAUAACAAUUAUAUUGAGAAGCUGACCAGUGCCUGCUUUCUAACACCCCUUUUACACGUAAACCACCAUAGUACCUGUCAUGGUAUGCACAUAUGAUUAAUCAAGAUGAGUUGAAACAAUAUAUGAAAAAGAUUGGUGCCAAAUUCUAUGGUAGAGGUCCAAAUGAGUUUACCGGAAUAAAAUUUCUUUUUCUUUUUUCCCUCUAGAGUCAGAUAUUUAUGUACCGUAAACAUGUCUUUCUAAUGGUUCUAAAAUUCAGAAUGUGGCAAGUGCUGUUGUUUGUGGGAGACAUCAUUCUAUUAUCUUCAAGUUGGCCAUCUUGAUGCUGAUAGGUUGAAUAAUAUGGGCAGUUGCAUUCAUCGGGAAGCUGCCUAUGGAUCGAUGGCUAUGGUGCUCUGAUUUUUCAUUUUUAUUAGAGUAUCCAUGUCUGGCACGACACCUUUUAUGUGAUGCAACUUCAAAUGAGCAUGGAGAUAUGAUCUUCCAAAUAAAACCCAACGUACUGGUGUUGGCGUCCAUGUUUUCCAACUUUUUCACCUAAAAAUAUCCUCCAUGUGACAUUUAGAGGACAAAUUUUGGACUGACGUUUUUUAAAAAAAUCUCAUUACUAGGCAAUGACUCUUAUUUUAAUCAAGUUUUUCUACAAAAUUGGACCCAAAUCUGAUUGCUGUUAUAUAUCAUGUCCUUGUUCAA